GAUCUUCGGCUUACACAAUAACUGGCCGCAGCAGCAAAGGAUGAACGGAGCUCUGGGAAAGGUGCUGUGUUUGAAGAACGAUAUCAUUUUUAAGAAAGCCUUUUCCCUCUUAAGGUCCAAAACUUCAGGAGAGAAUCCCAUCUGUUCUGUAGGUGGCAUUCUGCUGAGUACCAGUCGGCAUUGCAAGACAAAGCCCAGCCAUGGCAUUGGAAGAUACGAGCACCUAAUUAAAGCACAAGAGCCCAAGAAGAGGGGAAAAGUAGAAGUGAGACCCAUUAAUUUGGGGACCCAUUAUGAAUAUGGGCUUUUGAACAUUCACAUGACUGUAUAUGACAUGGCCCUGGCAAAGAGUUAUGCUCAAUAUGUUCACAACCUCUGCAACCAUCUCUCCAUUAAAGUGGAAGAAAGUUAUGCGAUACCUACCAAGACCAUGGAGGUGUUACAGCUGCAGGACCAAGGUGGCAAAAUGUUUGUGGAUGCAGUUCUUACCACCCAUGAGCGAGUGGUUCAGAGAAGUGGUUUGAGUUUUACAUUUGCAGAGAUUUUCUUGGAAAUAAUCCAAAGCAAUCUUCCGGAGGGAGUCAAAUUGUCAGUGAAGGAGCACACUGAAGAAGACUUCAAGGGAAGGUUCAAAGCUCGACCAGAACUAGAAGAACUGUUAGCAAGCUGA